AUACAUAUAGAUGUAUAUAUAGAGAGUAAAUGCCACUAAAUUGACUGAUAUAAUGAAAAAAGGAUAUUACGAACUUGCAAAAUGUUUUAAAUUUUCAGGUAAGUUUGACGCUUUGGGUUGUUUUGAGAAUAACAGAGUCAAACGCAGCUGUCGUUAACCUUGCCCUUAAUAAACCAGCCAGUCAGAUAAAUAACUAUGAUCAAGAAACCAACAAUUGGACUGCUGACAAAGGUGUGGAUGGUAACGCUGAUACCAAUGUUUAUAACCACCAUUGUUUCCAUACUAAAAACAGUAUGAGUCCUUGGUGGCAAGUUGAUCUUCAAGAUGUAUAUUACAUAAGCCAAGUGAACAUCACCAACAGGAAGGAUUGCUGCACUGAUAGAGCGUCAAAAGUUGAAAUCUCCGUAGCAAAAGAGGAUGGUGGUAAAGGGACGGUGGUAGCGUACCAGGAAGGUGCAAUAGGUGAUUUCAAAUCAUUUACAUUUGCUACAGUGCAAGCUCGUUACGUCAGAAUAACUUUAAGGGACAAACAGAAAUAUUUCCAUUUAUGUGAAGUCGAAGUCUAUGGACAAAGUACACCUGUCGAUGACUGUGCUGAUAAGCCAUGUUUGAACGGUGGCGUGUGCACCGAUGGGGUCAAUAGCUACACCUGUAAAUGUACACAAGGGUUUUAUGGAAGUAAUUGUGGAAAAGCUGUCGUUAACCUUGCCCUUAAUAAACCAGCCAGUCAGAUAAAUAACUAUGAUGAAGAAACCAACGAUUGGACUGCUGACAAAGGUGUGGAUGGUAACGCUGAUACCGAUGUUUAUAACCACCAUUGUUUCCAUACUAAAAACAGUAUGAGUCCUUGGUGGCAAGUUGAUCUUCAAGAUGUAUAUUACAUAAGUCAAGUGAACAUCACCAACAGGAAGGAUUGCUGCACUGAUAGAGCGUCAAAUGUUGAAAUCUCCGUAGCAAAAGAGGAUGGUGGUAAAAUGACGGUGGUAGCGUACCAGGAAGGUGCAAUAGGUGAUUUCAAAUCAUUUACAUUUGCUACAGUGCAAGCUCGUUACGUCAGAAUAACUUUAAGGGACAAACAGAAAUAUUUCCAUUUAUGUGAAGUCGAAGUCUAUGGACAAAAUUGACAGAGAGAAAAGGGCGAAAAACGACAUCAAGAAAGCAGUGAAUUGAAAGAAACAACUGAAAUAUAAAAUUAUAAUUUAUUUGCAAGACUUACAUUCGGCUGCAAACAUUUAAUGUAAAAACGUUCCAAAUAAAAAUAUUAUUCAGUU